CUUGUGUCAAAAAUCUCCCGCCAAAUUCCUCUGUUCUGUUGCUGUUGUACAGCUUGGGCUUUUAUGUUUUAAUUUGUAAAGAAAACAAGUUAUUGGUUUAAUUGUUACUGAUAAAUCUUCAGAAUGGGUAUUUUAGGUUUAUCUAAGUUAAUAGCGGACAUAGCUCCUCAGGCUGUGAAAGAAAUGGAAAUUAAAAAUUAUUUUGGAAGAAAAAUUGCGAUUGAUGCGUCCAUGAGCUUGUACCAGUUCCUGAUUGCUGUCAGAAGUGAAGGGUCACAACUGAUCGCAGCAGAUGGAGAGACCACGUCUCAUCUCAUGGGCACAUUCUACCGCACAAUCCGGCUCGUAGAGAACGGUAUCAAGCCAGUGUACGUGUUUGACGGGAAGCCACCUCAGCUGAAGUCUCACCAGCUGGACAAGAGAGCAGAGAGACGUGAGGAGGCAGAGAAGGAACUGCUGAAGGCUACGGAAGCUGGCGAUCAGGUCUCCAUCGAGAAGUUCAAUCGUCGUCUGGUGAGGGUCACGAAGAAACACGGCGAAGAAGCGAGGGAGCUCCUCAAGUUAAUGGGCGUGCCGGUUGUGGAGGCGCCGUGCGAGGCCGAGGCGCAGUGCGCGGCCCUGGUAAAAGCAGGCAAAGUUUACGGCGCGGCCACAGAGGAUAUGGACGCGCUAUCUUUCGGAGCGACUGUCCUGUUACGACACAUGACCUUCUCCGAAGCACGCAAGAUGCCCGUACAAGAGUUCCAUCUGGACAAAGUGCUGGAUGGAUUGGGAUUGAAACAGAACGAGUUCAUAGACCUAUGCAUCCUUCUCGGCUGCGACUACUGCGGCUCCAUCCGCGGGAUCGGUCCCAAGCGCGCCGUCGAGCUCAUCCGCCAGCACCGCUCCCUGGAGCAAGUGCUGAAGAACAUCGACACGAGCAAGUACCCGCCGCCGGAAGACUGGGACUUCGAGGGCGCCCGGAGACUGUUCGUGGAGCCCGAGGUCGCCGACCCCAGCGGGAUUGAGCUGAAAUGGACAGACCCGGACGAAGAAGGAUUAGUAAAGUACCUCUGCGGCGACAAGCAGUUCAACGAGGAUCGCGUGAGAGCGGGCGCCAAGAAACUGCUCAAGGCUCGCUCCGGCACCACGCAAGGCCGCCUCGAUGGGUUCUUUAAGGUACUAUCAACGACACCAAACCCCAAAAGAAAAGCGGAGGAAGAGAAAAAGAACGCCAACAAGAAAGUCAAAAUGGGAGGUCGAGGACGGAAGCCCAAAUAACUAUAGAGUAAGCUAUUUUCAACCUUAAUGCGCGGCCUUAAGGUCA